AAUUAAAUUGUUAAUUACAACCAGAAAAAAAAAGAAGUGAUCGAAAAAAAAGUAUUUAAGGAUUGUGAAGCUUUCCUGUCGACUUUCUUGCCGAAGAGAAGUUAAAAAAGAAGAAUCAAGGUCAUCCUUGAUAGAAUAAUAAUAAAAAAAAAAACCUUCAUCAUCGGAGUUAAACUUGCUGCCCACACACAACAAGUGUUAGCCGAUAGCGGUGAUUGAAAAAAGCAACAAAACAUCUGUGGAUCCAUCAACCAACUAAAACACACACACAAAUCAUAAUGAAGGCUCUAAGUCGACAAUUAGCAUACCUGACCCUAUUUAUACUGACUGUGAAGCUAGUUAAUGCUGGAACUAUUAUAACUGCAGAUACAAAACCAGCACAAUGUGUUAUUACAACCGAUGACAACUUUCAAGUAAUCAAGGAUGUCGGUUCGGUAUGGCAUACAAAUAAUUCGUGCGUGCGACAUUCCUGUGAACUCGAUGAAGAUGGCAAUCCCCAUGAGAAGCUCCAUGAAGAGACUUGUGUGGUAAAUUGUAAAGAUGAAUACGAAUACCGCCCAGAUCUAACUAAAUGUUGUGGAACAUGUGUGAAAACAAAAUGUCUACACAAUUCAAAGCUCUAUAACGUGGGUGAGACAUGGCAUUCACAAUGCACAAUUCUCGAGUGUACAUUACAUAAUGGUGAAGCGAUGAUAUCUGCUUACACAAAGACAUGUCCUCCGGUCCCAACAAACUGUCCACAAUCUGAUUUGUAUAAAGACAACUGUUGCACAUAUUGCCGUAGUCAAGGUGUCGAUACGAAGACCAUUGACAGCGGUUUAUAUCCCGAUGAUGAGGAAAUUCAAGACAGAGAAUACUACAAACAUCAUCCAUGUGUUCGGGACUGUAAGGUGGGGGCAAAACCAAUGAUUUGCAAAUACACUUUUGUGGUCGAAUGGUAUGAAACUCUUAGUAAUGCUUGCUUCGAUUGUCCAAGCAAUAUCACAGAUUGUCGACGUCCACAUUGCAUCACUGGCGAUGGUGUGAGAAGGAGUAUUACCGUGGUGAAUAGAAUGAUGCCAGGUCCUUCGAUAGAGGUUUGCCUAAAUGAUACAAUUAUGGUAGAUGUGAAGAAUCAUAUGUUGGGGGAGAGUACAACAUUGCAUUGGCAUGGUUUGCAUCAGCGAGACACACCUUAUAUGGAUGGAGUGCCUCAUGUGUCGCAAUGUCCAAUUCAGCCACAUUCCACAUUUAGAUAUACAUUUGGGGCGGUAAAUCCUGGAACUCAUUUCUGGCAUUCACAUACAGGAAUGCAGAGAGGAGAUGGAUGUUUUGGGGCGAUGAUUAUCCGACAGCCAAGGGAGAUUGAUCCUCAUGGUGAUUCAUACGAUUUUGAUUUACCAGAACAUAAACUUAUGAUUCAAGACUGGGCACAUCAGCCGGGAGUGUCGAUGUAUGCAUCACAUUAUCAUUCUGUUGGGGAUAAUAAGCCUCCAAAUGUUUUGGUUAACGGCCGUGGAAGGUAUUAUCCUGAUAUUUUCAAACAACAAGAACAAGCCCCAGUAGCUGCUAGUCUCCCUCUUAAAAAUAUUGCAAGUCCAACAGAAGCUAAUUUGAUCGAAGAUGAAACAACCACCUUUUCCGAGUUUGAAUCAUUCCAACCCGAAACAACUACUUUACCAGAAGAUGUGGAUCUAUUCCAACCUGAAAUCAAAGAAAACAUGAAAAUGGAGCUUCCACUGAGCAGAUUCAAACGUUCCACACCAAUUCCCUUGGAUCAAAUUCCCCUCGAAGUAUUCACAGUAGCUGAGGGCUUCAAGUAUCGUUUUAGGAGUAUUAACGCCGAGUUUCUAAACUGUCCAGUUGCUCUUUCGGUAGAUAAUCACACCCUCUCGGUUAUCAAUUCUGAUGGUUAUGAUGUGGAAGCUAUCAAUGUCACAUCUGUGGUGACUUAUGCUGGAGAACGUUUCGAUUUUGUCAUUCAUGCCAACCAACCCAUUGGAAACUACUGGAUUCGUCUAAAAGGUUUAAUGGAUUGUGACGAAAGAUUCACAUCGGCCUUCCAAGUUGCUAUUCUUCACUACCACGGUGCCGAAAAGAAUGAACCCGAAGGAGUACCCUAUUAUGAUUUCCAACCUGGUGGAAUUGAGUUGAACUCUCUAAACAUGGGUCCUGGUUAUACAGGCAUUGUCACCAUAAACGAACUUAAAGCUUUGGCGGAAACCCCCAAACAUGAACAAGAUGAUCUUCUUAAAAAAGAAGCCGAUUACAAAUUCUUUGUUUAUUAUGAUUUCUAUCCCAAGGAUAAUCCUGAUUUCCAUCCUGCUGGUUUAUAUGGAUUUAAUGAAGUGACUAAUGGCAAUCCAGUUCUGACACCACAAUUAAAUCAUAUUUCAAUGACAAUGCCAUCGUUGCCGCUGAUGCCGGCGAGAGAUCAUAUUGAUGAUUCAAUGUUUUGUAAUGAUACGACUUUCCAGAAUCAGGGAAUCGAUUGUAGGAAGGAUUUCUGCAAGUGUCAUCAUGUUUUGCAAGUGAAAUUGAAUGCAGUUGUGGAAUUGAUAUUGGUUGAUGAAGGUGUUGCUUAUGAUGCUAAUCAUCCGUUUCAUUUGCAUGGAAAUGCUUUUAGAGUUAUUGGAUUGGAUCGUGUGGGAAAGAAUGUUACAAUCGAAACUAUCAAAGAAAUGGAUAGAUUAGGUCAACUUCAUCGAAAUUUUGAUAAACCUCCAGUUAAAGAUACUGUUACUGUGCCAGAUGGUGGUUAUACAAUUAUUCGAUUUAAUGCUGAUAAUCCUGGUUAUUGGUUACUUCAUUGUCACAUUGAAUUCCAUGCAGAAGUUGGAAUGGCUUUGGUGAUUAAAGUUGGUGAACAUAAUCAAAUGGUUCCGGUGCCAAAGAAUUUCCCACAAUGUUCCGAUUAUAUACCAGAUUUGGAAGAUGAUGCGGAUAGCUCUGGAGCUAGCAGUGUGAUACAUAGACUAACGUGGUUUUCUAUGCUGGUGGGAGUUGUAAUUAGUUUAAGAUGUUAUUUUUUAUAGUAUUUUGGAGAGAAUGUAUAGAGUAAUAGAAUGUAAUAAUGUAUAGUAUGUAUGUGUGCGUGUUAGAGACGUAUUGUGAAUUUAUUUUGACUGAGAUAUUAGUUAAGGAAAUUAUAAAUAAAAUUUGUAAAUAAUAUAUU